AUGUGGAAGAAAAUACUCAAGACAAGAGCUGUUGCUAAAGGCUUUCAUCGAGUUGAUAUCAAGAAUGGAGAAGAUACAUCUUCCUGGAAUGAUCACUGGUGUGAAAUGGGGAGAUUGAUUGAAGUGCUGGGCAUAGGAGGCAGAAUAGACCUGGGUAUUUCUGCGAACGCAACAGUUGCUGAGGCUAUUGCAAAUCAUAGACGAAGAUAUCAUCGUUCUAAUAUCCUUAAUGAAGUGGAAGAAGUAAUGGAAAAGGUGAAAACUGAAAAUUCUCAGAUGGAGGAUAUUCCUUUAUGGAGAAGUAAAGAAGGGAUAUAUAGAAGGAGCUUCUCUUCAAAGAACACUUGGCUUGAGAUCAGGAAUAAUUAUGCCACUCAAGAAUGGAGUAAAGAAGUCUGGUUUAAGCAUGCUACUCCUAAAUAUGCUUUUCAUGUGUGGACAGUAAUGAGAGAUAGACUUUCCACAUGUGAUCGGAUGCUUAAGUGGAACCAGAACAUAAACCCUACAUGUGUUCUGUGUCAGCGAUGUGUGGAGACUCGCAACCACUUAUUCUUCUCGUGCUCAUACUCGAGCAAGAUCUGGCAGAAACUGGUCAAGGGAUUAUUACAUUUGAGAUAUACUGAAGAAUGGGAAGCUGUAGUACAGGCCUUUUGCUGGAUAGUAGAGAGGAGAGAGUAA